UUUGUUGUGUCUUUGGUUGCACUAGUCAAGCUUGCAGAAAUGACACUGUUAGAUUUUUUCAUUUUCCUGAAGAAGGCAAAAAUCUCGUUAAAUUCAUAAAUAAGUUUAAUACAGAGGAAGCAAUUGAUCGUCGAACAGCGUGGAUUAAAGUAUUAAAAAUGGGAAAAAAGGUUUCUGCUUCUAUGAGAGUGUGCUCUCUUCAUUUUACAAAAGAAGACUUCAUACCAUCACAAGGUAAAAAUCAUAUACGUCAUUUAAAGAAAACAAGCAUUCCAUCGCUUAAUUUACCAAUUGGAUCAACGAGAAAAAUUAGUCCGCAAAGAAAAAUUCAAGCAAAAUGCAGAGAAGAAAGAUGGCAUAAAAGAUCUUGUGUAAAACAAUUAUCAGUAGAAAAUAUUUAUGAUGUACCUGAAAAAGAAAUUGUAAUGCAAACUACUGUUUCUGAUAAAACAACUGAUCAAAAUGUAAUUGAAAAAGCAUUGCCUGCAAUUAGAAUAAUUGAUGAACAUGGAUGUCUUGCAGAAGUUGUGGAAGAAAAUGUCAAAACUUCCUUAACAAAUAAGGAUAUAGGAAUACAAGUUCAAAGUGAUAAUAUUUUUGUAAAAUUUUCAAGUAUUAUUAUUUCUGAUACUGAAUUAAGUACAUUAACUGGCAUUUAUAGUUUUAGUUUGCUCAAUACAAUUGAAACUCUUGUAAAAACUACAUACAAGGAAACACCUACUGCAAAUACAAAAACGGAUAUACGAGAAACAAUAAUAAUGACUUUUAUGAAAUUGAAACAAAAUAUGUCUUAUGCUUUGCUAUCAAUUUUAUUUAAAUGCAAACCAAACACUUGCAAAGAAAAAAUAUUUCAAAUGCUUGACAUUUUAUAUAUUUGUUUAAAGCCAGCUAUUUUGUGGCCAAACAAAGACAAUAUUUUAAAGAAUAUUCCGCUAUGUUUUAUGAGGUUCGAAGAUGUUCGAGUCGUAGUUGAUUGUACUGAAAUUAAAAUUCAAAAGCCAAAGAAUUUAUGUUGUCAGAUUGCAACUUUUUCGCGUUACAAAAGUAACUACACAAUUAAAUUUAUGACUGGUGUAACACCAGCUGUUUUAAUUUCAUUUGUGAGCAAAUGUUAUGGAGGACGUGCUUCUGACAAGGUAAUAUUCGAGCAAAGUAAAAUCAUACAGAAAUUAAAUAAAACAGACGCAAUCAUGACAGAUAAAGGAUUUCCAAUUGACGAUAUUUGUAAAUUAAAUUAUAUAAAACUUAUUAGACCUUCUUUUCUAAAAGAUAAAAAACAAUUUUCAAAAACAGAUGCAAUAUUAACCCGUAAUAUUGCCACAGCACGAGUGCAUAUUGAAAGAAGCAAUCAAAGGUUAAAAACUUUCCAAGUCUUAGGAUCUACAAUGCCUGCGUGUCUUAUAAGUAAAGCUGAUGAAAUUUUUAAUAUUAUUUGUGCUGUUGUAAAUUUGAGUGCUCCAAUAAUUAAAGAUGAUAAAUUUUGUUCACAACACAAAGCAAAAUAAAAAUAUAGUAUCUUAA